GUUCAACUCAACUUCUGUCGCUCGUCGCUUUUUUGCGCUCUUUGCCGUUACAGCUCUCAAGUCAACUUCCACAACUCUUCAAAAACUUCAAUCGAAAAUGUCCUUGUUCACCGUUCAACCAAACGCGUUCAUGUCUGCUGAAGAAACUGCUCCACCUCCGCCGCCGUGCAUAUCGCCCGAAGAAUGCAACGCUACCGUAAAUGAGUGGGGAGUUUGGCCGGCUGAGUUCUUCACCGACCCGGCUCACGACCAAACCAUCACCUGCUCCGCUUCGGCUGCCGAAAUCGAGUCUAGAGUUCGCUGUGGCAAAUCGCCGGUUAAUCGUAACUGCACCGCGCUUGUCCCCGACAGCAAGUGUGUUUUUAAGUGGGCCUUCGCCACCACCGCCGCCGCUACCGCUUGCUCCUGCACAUGCUGUCUUCUCGGAACCGACCAAUGUGAAAUGCGUUCCUCUUCCUCCAUGUCAUCCGGAAUGUCAAUUUCCAUCGGGUCCAGUUCAAUCGACGACUCCGGGUCGUAUCUUCUCGGAGAUCAACAGCAUGAUCAUGGAUGCUUCGAGACCUCGCAUGGUACCUCCGUGCAGUAUUUUGUUGAAUUCUCCGACGUCGUCGUCUAACGAGGAUAAGCAUAACCUCUUCAACUAUCAACACCAUCAACAUAAUCAUCAAACUUACUCUUCCCCAAUCAGUCAGCCAAUUUUCGAUCAUGCCUCGCCAUCACUCUACACCUCCGAACA